AGUAAAAUAUACCUAAAAAUCAAGCUAAACUAUAAACAUAACCAGUGAACCUAUGAACAUAACCUUUAACAAUUAACAAAAGUCAAAUUGUUUAUUUUUAAGAUAUGGGCUUAAAUAAAAAAAGUAUAGGAAUGACUGAGAAGACUUCGACAGCAUCUGAUUCUGAUGACAGUGAUUUUGAUAUUAGCUUAUCCUCAGAUGAUUCUGACGACGAUUCUGUGAAAUCGGUUUAUUCUGUUAACAACCAGCAGGACUCAAAUCAGAACGAAAAUGAAAGUAAUGAAGAAGAUGAAGUUAUAAAAGCAAUAAUAAAAGAAAAUCAAAAACCUCGCGAUAAACCGCCUUGCAUUAAAGUAGAAGAUUUUGUUGCAGACAUUUGUUUUCAUCCAAAUGAAGAUAUUUUAGCUAUCGCAAAUAUUGUUGGAGAUGUAAUUUUGUAUAAGUAUAGUAAUGAAGAAAAUACAUUAUUAGAUACUGUAGAGUUACAUACAAAGGCAUGCAGAGAUGUUGAAUUUAGUACUGAUGGAAAAACAAUGUUUACAGCUUCAAAAGACAUGUCUAUUAUGUUAACAGAUAUGGAGACUAGGAAAUUGAAGACAUUCUUUGAAAAGGCUCACCAGAAUCCAAUAUACUGUUUAUCAAUAAUAGGCCAAAACACUUUUGCUACAGGAGAUGACAAUGGUAUUAUUAAUAUUUGGGAUUACCGGCAACCAACACCUCUCCUAUCAGUAAAAAAAAAUGAUGAUUAUAUAAGCGACAUUAUACCAGUCGAUCAAAAUAAAUAUUUGUGUUGUUCAAGUGGAGAUGGUUCAUUAACUACUAUAGACUUGUGUAAUAACAAAUUCUUAAUGCAAUCAGUUGAAUAUGAAGAAGAACUAACAUGCUUAGGAACAGUUAGGCAUGAAACCAAACUGGUAUCAAGUUCAAAUAAAGGAAAAUUGUUUAUUUUUAAUAUGAGAGAGUUUGGCAUGCACAGUGAUGAAUUCCCAGCAACAAAGUCGUCAAUAAGCAGUUUCGUGCCUAUUACAGAGAAUAUAGUGGUUACUGCAUGUGAAGACGGAAAUCUAAGAGCUGUUCAUCUUUUUCCACACCGUCACAUAGGAAUUGUUGGACAGCAUGAGAUGUCAGUUGAACAUAUUGAUAUUUGUAACGAUGGACGAUUCCUUGCAUCGUGCAGUGCCGACAAUGAUAUUAAAUUUUGGAAUAUAAAAUUUUUUGAAAACUUUGAAAAAAUCAGUCAUAAACAUAACAAACACCAAACUAAAAAAGAAAUGCAACAUAAUUUACCUUCUUCUAGCAAAACAAAUGUAGGCGAAUUUUUUAGCGAUUUAGCAUAAGUAUGAUCAUUAUUUGUUUAUACUUAAAUUCUAAUAAAUUUUUUUUUUUCUAAUAAACCUUGUUUCGUAUUAAAGAUACAUACAUGAAACUCCCAAAAAAAGUAAACCAUUUAUUCACUUAACUUCAUUUCAUAUAAUAUAGUAUGAGUUAUUUAAACAACAAAAUAUCAUAAAUGUACUUACUGGGUACAUUAAUCAAUCAAAAAUACUUUUAUACGUAUAUAUGGCCUCACAAAAUAAUUAGCAAAGUUCUAAAGAAAGAA